GUAAGGGUGAGUGAUUUCCUUCCGGCACGUCGCCCGCUCCGGGGGAGGGGGUGGGGGGUUUCACUUCCGGGACGGUGUUCCGGCCCAUUCCGGCCCAUUUCCACCCCCGGAGCUCUCACCCUUCCAGUGCCGACGGUAGAGAGAGACCUUACUCCAGGGGCUUCCUCCUCACUGGGGAAUUGCCGGAAAGAGCAAACAAAAAAGGCGCUGGUGUAGGCUCCAAAAUAAACACAUCUGAAUUCAUGAUGGCAUCGACAGAGGCUCUUAUUGGAUUAAAAGUUUCAAAACAAACAAAAACGCUUUGGAAAAAGCAGGGUUGAAUGCCUGCCUACACCCUCAGGCACGACCAUGGAGAAAGGUGGGAACAUACAACUGGAGAUCCCUGACUUCAGCAACUCUGUCCUGAGCCAUCUAAACCAGCUGCGCAUGCAGGGCCGUCUCUGUGAUAUUGUGGUCAACGUGCAGGGACAGGCUUUUCGGGCUCACAAAGUGGUCCUGGCUGCCAGUUCACCCUAUUUCCGGGAUCACAUGUCCUUGAAUGAGAUGAGUACUGUCUCCAUUUCAGUCAUCAAGAACCCUACUGUUUUUGAGCAGCUCCUUUCUUUCUGUUAUACGGGGCGGAUAUGCCUGCAACUGGCAGAUAUCAUCAGCUACCUGACAGCUGCCAGUUUUCUGCAGAUGCAGCAUAUUAUAGACAAAUGUACACAGAUCCUGGAGGGGAUUCACUUCAAAAUUAAUGUGGCAGAGGUUGAAGCAGAAUUAAGUCAAACGAGGACAAAGCAUCCAGAAAGGCCUCCGGAGUCUCACAGGGUGACACCGAAUCUAAACCGUUCCCUUAGCCCACGACAUAAUACUGCAAAGGGAAACCGGCGAGGUCAGGUUAGUGCUGUGUUGGAUAUCAGGGAGCUCAGUCCUCCUGAGGAGUCCACCAGCCCUCAGAUAAUUGAACAGAGUUCUGAUGUGGAGAGCCGGGAGCCCAUUCUUCGAAUCAACCGAGCAGGACAGUGGUACGUGGAGACGGGAGUAGCAGACCGGGGGGCCCGGAGUGAUGAUGAAGUUAGAGUUCUUGGGGCAGUCCACAUCAAAACGGAAAACCUGGAGGAGUGGCUUGGGACUGAGAAUCAGCCUUCCGGAGAAGACGGGAGUAGCGCCGAGGAAGUCACAGCCAUGGUGAUUGACACCACCGGCCAUGGUUCUGUGGGGCAGGAAAAUUACACUCUGGGAUCUUCAGGAGCCAAGGUGGCUCGGCCAACAAGCAGUGAAAUUGACAGAUUUAGCCCCUCCGGCAGUGUUGUUCCCUUGACGGAGAGACACAGAGCCAGAAGUGAGUCUCCUGGGAGAAUGGAUGAGCCUAAGCAGCCCAGCUCCCAGGUAGAAGAGUCCGCAAUGAUGGGAGUGAGUGGCUAUGUGGAGUAUCUCCGAGAGCAAGAAGUAUCUGAGCGGUGGUUCCGGUACAACCCCCGUCUCACCUGCAUCUACUGCGCCAAAUCUUUCAAUCAGAAGGGGAGCCUGGACCGCCACAUGCGCCUGCACAUGGGAAUCACGCCAUUCGUCUGCCGCAUGUGUGGCAAGAAGUACACCCGGAAGGAUCAGCUGGAGUAUCAUAUCCGCAAGCACACAGGCAACAAGCCCUUCCACUGUCACGUAUGUGGCAAAAGCUUCCCCUUCCAGGCCAUCUUGAAUCAGCACUUUCGCAAAAACCACCCUGGCUGUAUUCCCCUGGAGGGGCCUCACAGCAUCUCCCCUGAAACAACUGUCACAUCUCGAGGACAAGCUGAGGAAGAGUCACCUUCACAAGAGGAGACAGUUGCUCCUGGGGAAACUUCCCAGGGCUCUGUGUCCACCACUGGGCCAGAUUGAAACAUGGAGGGGGAGGGGGCAGUCCCUCUUCCCCUUUGGGCCGUAAGCAGCCAGCAUGAGGGCCACGGGCUGGUACUUAGAUUCACAAAAUGCCACAUCACUAGAUCGGAAGAUGCUCCCAAGAUGUUGCCAAACUAGAGGAUCAGCAACAUAUGCAGAAGCACGAGAGGCUCUUCCCCUCCUCCUUCCCACCUCAUACUUUGGGAAAUGAUCAAGUAAAUCAACUUUCUAAUUCAGG